ACUGCGUUGUGGCAACCACAAGGGGCUUCUGCAAUCAGUUGACAUCGCUGAUGGCUCGAGGAGGCGCGCAAGGGGCUAGACGGAGUAGACGUAUAUUUAGUUAAACUCUUGUCGAUUGUUGCUCGUGUUAUGGAACAACGUCAACUUCAUCUAAAAAAUAUGUUACCUGAAUGCUUUUGUCCUAUACAAUGGAUGCACCUGCUGCAGUUUUUCUCCGGUGACUUAGCUCGUUAGUUAACUAAAGUAGUUUUAUUGCCAGGAUUAUGUAUGCAAUAGCUGCUGUGACGAAGAAAUUAGCAAUUAGCUAGCUAGCUAGCUAUCUUGUUAAUCGGGCUAAUCGUAAUUAUUGUUGCAUUUUUUUGUUGGUUAGCCCGGUACCUUGCCGGCUAAGAUUUCCAGAAAACAAGCCAAAAAACUCCAAUAAAUUCGCUUGUCUUCGAAGAGUGGUGUUGACUACUCCGUUCUUGGCUAGGGCUUCUCCCGCACAGUCAGUAGUCAAGUCAGGAGAAAAGCACAGACGCUGUUAGCUACCUGGUAGCUACCAUCACGGGCCUUGUUGCUGAGGCGACAAUGCUUGAAAUAAUGUCUGAACACCAAGAUUCGUUAUUGAAGUGCAAAACGGAUACUCUGCCUCCAGAGAGGAGAAAGAGGACCGUAGAAGACUUUAACAAGUUCUGCAACUUUGUCUUGGCAUAUGCAGGCUAUAUCCCCAAUCCUAAAGAGGAAGGUCCAUGGUCGCCAGCGUCCUCCAGCUCCCCGCACAGCUCAGGGGCGUCAGGGGAAAGCGGGGGUGGUGGUGAAGGAGGCGGCGGCAGCUCCUUGGGGGCCAGCUGGGGAGACGGCGGCAACGACCUGCACACCAUCCACACGUUUGUCCGCAAGGCCCGCGCCAACAAGGGCAAGAGUAUGCGCCGGAUGCACUCCGACAGCUCCCUGCUGGACAAGAUGCGCCUGAAAGACUCCCUGUACGACAGCCAGGCAGGCAGCAAGGCAGAGCGCAAGAAGGACAAAAAGCUAAAAAAGUUGUCGAUGGGUUCUGCCAUUGGCGGCGGGGGUGAAAGCGGGAGUAGCGGCGGGGAGAAGAGGGCCCGUAUCAAGCGCAGCAAAAACCCUAAGCAGGCCAAAGCCCUCAAAAAGCUUAAGAGCUCGGCCACCCAAAGUGAGACAGACUCUGAGACGGGCCAUGCCCAUCCCGGGGAGCGCCUGGUCCGAGAUGACCUGACAGGGCACGGGGUCUCCUCACCAGGAAUGCAGGGGCUGGCUAAGAUUCAGGUGGAGGAGUCCAACCGGGAGGCAGAAAUGAGCUCGAGUGAAGGCGAGACCUGGAUCGCUGAUGAGGACAUCAUGGUGGAGUCGGGUGAUGACUCUUGGGACUUAAUCACCUGUUACUGCGGCAAGCCGUUUGCGGGGCGACCCAUGAUCGAGUGCAACCAGUGCGGCGUGUGGGUCCAUCUGUCGUGCGCCAAGAUCAAGAAGUCCAACGUCCCUGACAUCUUUUACUGCCACAAGUGCAGGGACACUCGACGGUCGGGGCAAAAGAAAGAUCCCUAAAGAGAGAGGGGGUGGGAGGGACUAUAUCCCUCCUAUAUCCCUUUUCAAUCUACCCUAUUUUCUGUGUUCCACUACAACAUCCAUAUUCUUUUCUGCGAUGCCUGCAGCUGAUUGUUAAUCCUCACCUGGACAGCAACUGUAUCGUCAGUUUUCUAGGUGUUAAUUUUUUGACAAUCACUAUCCUUACUUAUUCAUGUAGGUUUUUUGUCACUUUCUGCCUUUGUGAAAACUGGGCUAAAACAGGAAGACAUUGGGGGGAGAUCUCUUUAUUAUCUGUAACAUACAAAUAGAUAUGCUUCUCUUGCUCAGUAUUCUUACUAAAUUGAGAUUUUUUCAUUGGAAUGUUAGACUCCCAAACAGAUAUCCAUCUCCUGGUUUUCAUGUUAAGGUCAUAGCAUAAGGUGCAUGACAAGUUAUAGAGAAUUAUUUAUUUAGGACAUUGAUGGACAACUUUUCUGUCUGUCAACGUUCAAGGAAAAAAGCUAGUAUUUUAUAAUGGUACAUUAACUAUUGUGAGACCCUCUGCAACCAGUAAUCAAUGCAAUGCGACUGCUACACCAUGACACAGGCACAACCCCCUUCUUUCUCUGAAAAGAAAACGGAUACUCCUGAUUAUUUUUGUCCUUAAGUUUCUCUUUUUAGUGUUAGAAGGGCAGCUCUCGUUUUAUUUGAUUUGUUUUUUAAGCUACUUUUUUCUCGUGUAAGCUUUCGAUUUGCGAUUGUUUAUGAAUUUCUUUGUCUAAUAUAACACUCAGUACCUUAUCACUGAGUGUUAAGCCCCUAUGAGAUGUCUCAUUGGAUGUUUUCAGAUUCUAACAAAUACCAGAUCAAAUCUGAAAUGUUGAAUCUAUUCUAUUGACAUAUGCAAAGACAGUUGGUGCGACAAGAGUGCACGUUUUAAAAGGCGAGCCCAAACGAAACACCCCUUUGAGGUCUUAUUUUUCAUUGGAAAGUUAAUUUAUUUAGUUUCAGCAACUGCUAAGAGCCUGUAACUCAUAAACUGAGGGCUGUGCCGUAAAGUGUUUUUGAUGCAGCCCAUAUCCAGAAGUAUUUAUUGAUUUAUUCACCCUUUCUGUUUUUUUUGUCACCAGACAUCUGCUACAGCACAGCUUCAUAACUUUUGAGUUCCCUCAGCAUGACAAUGGCGUCCUAUGACUGCCCUUUUGGUUACGGUUUGACAUGGCUACAGCCUUCAAAUUCAAUCUAUAAUGCUUGUUUUGUUUUAUUUACAUUUUGUGUAUGUUGUUUUUCAGCAAAAUACUUCUGGUUUGGAAAUAUGUCAUUGUUGUGAACUGUCGUGGUGGGAAAGUUGGAGAAUCGUCGCUUUACCUUGUCGAAGUGGCUCUAACAUCUUUUUGCAUGAAUGGUUGUAAAAUGUUUUUUUCAUGUUAUUGUUUUUUGGUUAACUUUUCAGAAAAUGCUGGUUGACAUUGCUCCCUAAUCAGAAUAGCAUACAAAUCUCUUCCACUCAUGAUCUCAUUAGAAAAACAAAGUUGACUGUUUGUAGUGUACAGAAAAAUCAGUUGAUAUCGGAGUAGUGGACUCGUGGCAGUUUAUGUUGGUAGGUUUUACCUGUUUUUGUUGGUGGGAGAGUCAUGUUUAGUCCCCAAAAAGCAAAUGCACUCUCACCACCAUCUUUCCCUUCGAUUUUCUGUAUAUACCCUGUUCUUCGAUGACUGUACAUAUGUGAAAGUGAAAAGAGAGGGGAAAAGAGCCAAGCAAAUGCUAUAUUUUCGGCAUCUGAUAUUGUUUUUCUUUAACUGUAGCUUGAAAAAUAAAAAUGUUUCUUUUUUGGGGGAG